CCCACUUCCAGUCGUAGAGGUCAGUCAAAACAGAAAGAAAGGAAGAUGGCAAGAAUAAUAUUACUUCUCCUUCUGGGUCUUGUGGCUAUAUGUGCUGUGCAUGGAGUAUUUAUGGACAGACUUGCUUCCAAGAAGCUGUGUGCAGAUGACGAGUGUGUCUAUACUAUUUCUCUGGCUAGUGCUCAAGAAGAUUACAAUGCCCCAGACUGUAGAUUCAUUAAUGUUAAAAAAGGGCAGCAAAUCUAUGUUUACUCAAAGCUGGUGAAAGAAAAUGAAGCUGGAGAGUUUUGGGCUGGCAGUGUUUAUGGUGAUCAUCAGGAUGAAAUGGGAAUCGUGGGUUAUUUCCCCAGCAACCUGGUCAAGGAGCAAUAUGUGUACCAGGAAGCCACCAAAGAAGUUCCCACUACGGAUAUCGACUUCUUCUGCGAAUAAAAAAUAAGCUAAAACUUCAGAUAAAAAACGAAACACCAAAAAUGAAGAAAAAAGCCAAAAUAACAAAGAAGUGCUUGUCUCUAAUUUCUGACUUUUGUUUCAAUAGGGGCUGGGGCUUGGGUCUGGAGGUAGAGUAAAAGAGGAUUUUUCAACUCAGCCUUUUUUACUGUAUGCAUGGUUUUUCCACAAACAGGACGGAACAGGGCAGUGUUUACUCAAAUGAAUGAAUUGAAACUGAAGAAUUAAUUUUCGAACUAGAGAAUCUUCUUUUACGUGGGAAUGCAUGUAGAAGAUGAUUUAUUUCUAAUUAUUUCUAGAUAGUAAUUCUUCCCAGCUCUUUGACACUCUGUACUUAAACUUGGUGAGCCCUAGGUUUUACCUUUGGAAAUCAUGUUUCCUAGUUAUUUGUCUCUCUGGCCAUAUGGAGCAUUAAGAAUAUAUCUAAAGGAAUUACA